UCACCUGCCGGCAAUCUGACUUCUGCCUCUAUUGCCCCGCCAUCGUAGUCGGGUACCCACCGCAACGCAUCUCCACACCACACCCUGCGCCUAAACGCGCCUCUGGACCCUCUCCCAAGCUCCAUCUGCUGGCGACUACCGCUCUUGGCUUGGUUUCUACUGCACGUCAUCUACGCCGUUUCUGCUCUCUCCCAACUCAAUCUUUUCCGUUUGCGCCCACUGUCCUUUGGCCCUACCCUGCCUCGCCUUUGCACCCCACACGCCUGUACACAACCACUACUCGCCAUGGCUUCGUCGUCGGCAGCAGCAGGCCUGUUGUCUCGCCAGCUCAAGCAGAUGCAAAACGACAAGAGCAUAUCGGGCAUCAGCUGCGGAUUAGUCGACAACAACGUGUUUGAGUGGGAGGUAAUGCUGAUGAUUGACGACGACACAAAGUUUUAUGGAGGAGGUUUCUUCCGCGCCCGUCUCACUUUCCCCACCGAAUAUCCUCUGCUGCCACCUAAGAUGCGCUUCGAGACCCCCAUCUUCCACCCCAACAUCUAUCCGAACGGAGAUGUCUGUAUUUCGAUCCUGCACCCCCCAGAAGAAGACAAAUACGGUUAUGAAUCCGCCGCUGAGCGCUGGUCACCCGUCCAAACCCCCGAAACCAUUCUUCUCUCCGUCAUAUCCAUGCUCUCCAGCCCCAACGACGAGUCGCCUGCGAACGUCGAGGCUGCCAGCCUGUGGCGAGACAACACACCCGAGUUUAAGAAGCGCGUAAGAAAGUGUGUAAGGGAUAGCUUGGAGUUUGAAUGAAGCGCAGUGGUGCAACUUGGGCUGGCAAAACUUAAUCAUGACAAACAAGCAUAAGCGCGGUGGAUGUAUCUUUGGUUAGGGCGAAUUUACUGGUUCAUGGCGUGCUCGGCGUCAUACAUAAAUAUUCUUUGAGAGUUUGGUGGAUGCAUCGUACGUCAAGAAUCAACAUGGUACAUGUAUACCAAGAUUUUGUGC